AGUAAAAAUUCAUUCGCUUCAUACACACUUAAAAAUAUUUCACGACCUCGGUUAAAAAAACUGCCGAAAUCCGUCGGCUCUUUCGAUUCUUGCUGAUAUGUCAGUUGAAAAAACCCAGUAGCCGAAAAUCAGUACCAUUUAAAACUGAAAUAUCAGUUAAAUAAAUAUUUGAACCGAAACUCGGCAACACAACAUGCCGAGCACAUACGUUAACACUGCUGUCACCGAGAUAAUCCGUCAAAAUAACCGAGAUUUCAGCUUUACUACUUGGAUUAGCCGAGGCUCGGUAUUCUAUCUGUCAUUCGCCAUUCUGUUAAUCUCGUGCUAAUGAAACGAAAACCUUUCGUAGUGAUGUUGUGAUGUAAAAUAAAAAAUGUAAAAAAAGUGAAAAUGAGUCUCUCAGCGUGAAAAAAACGAGAAUCAGUAGCGUGCGAUCGAGCGCAGGUAUGGAGCGGGGUUGGGGUUAGGAAACUCCAUCAGCGCACGCAACCGGUGCUCUUCAGAGCGUUGCUCGGAGCAGUCCCUAUUCAAGGAUCAGAUGUGGAAGCUAAUCCGGUUGGUUCAACCUUUGCCAGACCGUUCAGACUUCCAGGAUUCAUUUCCGGUCACCUACACGAGAACCGUGCCUGUAUCAGUGCCCGCUCCUUGUCCGGCUCAUUUUCCUGUACCGGUACCACAUCCAAACGCUGUGCCCCAUCCGGCGGUUGAAUCGGCGCCUGUCCCAACGCUUUCCAUCACAUCAAAAAAACCCAUUUGAUACGCAAAUAAAAUCACUAAAAUAAAAAUAAAAUGUUUUUAUAUUUA